GGCAGUCCCGGCGCAGGCGCAGGCGCAGGCGCAGGCGCCCUGCUCUCUUUCUCUCUCCCCGCAGCUUCCCUGAAACCGACCAAUCCGUUCUCGAAGCGGAUGCCAUGUGGCCUUUGUUUUGGACAGCGAUUCGUACCUACGCCCCCUAUGUCACCUUCCCUGUGGCCUUUGUGGUGGGGGCUGUGGGCUACCACCUGGAGUGGUUCAUCAGGGGGAAGUCACCCCAGCCUGUAGAGGAGGAGAAGAGCAUCUCAGAGCGUCGGGAAGACCGAAAGUUGGAAGAGCUGUUAGGCAAGGACCUCACGCAGGUGGUGAGCCUUAAGGACAAGCUUGAAUUUGCUCCCAAAGCUGUAUUGAACAGAAAUCGUCCUGAAAAGAGUUAAUGGAGGGCCCUGGGCUCCAUGGUCCCUUCCAAGGCUGUGGAUAAGUGGCAGUCCAUGGCCACCAUCUCUGUCCCACCCCUUCCUAGAACCUACAUUUGGUUUACUUUGCUUCUUGUUCUGGCGCUUUCUCCACCUCCUCUCCCUUCUCCUCCCCAGCUUCCAGUCUUUCUCCCCUUGAUCACCUGGUUGGUUCCAUCAAUAUCCAUAGGCACUUUGCUGCUACCACCCGAUGAUUAAGCUGCUGUCCAGCCUGUGGAGAGACACUAUCAAAGAAAACUCAUGUUCGUGGCAAGGGAGGAUGCCCUUUGUCUCGUGGUGGCUACAACUGCUUAGGUUUCCUGAGCUUGGAACCCUGCUGAUGGGGGAGCCAGCUUACAAGGGAACUAUUCACCAUGCCCCCAGUAUGAGGUUGGCGGUGGCCCCAUGACUGUCUUUUGAUGACUAGUGAAACACCAGCUAUCAGUCUCUGGGGGGAGUGUUGAGUUUGACUUUAUGUGAGCACAGCCAGAACUUGGGAUCAGCCUUUGUCUUCCUCCAGAGGUUGUCUAGGCCUGUGGGAUGUUGCUGGUAUUCCUGGGCCCAGAAUGCAAUUGGGGUGAAUUUUAAAGCCAGUCUGUCUUUUUCUCCCAUCCCAUCCCAUUUCCCUGUUCUUAUUCUUCCUAGAAGCUCUCCCUUUGCACUCUGGAAGGGGAUUGGAUUCCCAUGGGAAGGAGAGCUGUUGGCUGUUAGAGGGAGGCCAG